AUGGACGCCGGCGGCGGCGAGGACCGAGGCCCCAUGACCUACGCCCAGGCAGAGCAGUUCUUCACGUCCUUGGAGGGCCCGACAGUGCAGGAGCGCAUCGACUACAUCUUCCCCUUCCUCAUCUCCCUCCUGCCCCGGCCCUUCGUCCCCACCCCCGAGGUCGCCGGCGACGACUCCGACUCCAACGACGAGCGCUUCUCCCUUACCUCCUCCGACUCCGAGGCCAAUAUGAAUGGAAGUUUUGUUAGCUCAGGAUAG